AUGGAUGAAGAGAAUGUAUUGCGAAAGAGCGAAAAGAAGAAGCACAAAAGAAACAAGGAGAAUGACGAUUUUAGCAAUUCCGAAGUACCCAAAGAGAAGAAGAAGAAGCACAGGAAAAGCGAGGAAAUAGAGACUUUAACUGCCUCAGAAAUACCUACAGAGAAGAAGAAGAAGCACAAGAGAAACAAGGAAGUAGAGGCUUUGAGCUCUUCAGAAGUACCUACGGAGGAAACGAAGAAGAAGAAGCACAACAAAAGCAAGGAAAAAGAGGCUUCGAGCUCUUCAGAAGUACCUACAGAGGAGACGAAGAAGAAGCACAGGAAAAGCGAGGAAAAAGAGGCUUUAAUUACCCCAGAAGGGUCUGAGGAGAAAGAAGGUGGGUCUGAUAAUGGGAGAGAAGAAAGUGGUAAACACAAAAAGAAGAAACACAAGGAAAGGGUUACGGAGUGCAAUGAUGUAGAAUGUGCAACUGAUGAAGCGGCUUCUCAAGGGAAGGAUCACAGUGAUGUGAGCGGUGAGGUAAAUGAUGAGCAUGUGAAGAAGGGGAAGGGUAAAAAAAAUAAAAGAAAGAACGAAAAUGGAGGUGAUUCUGGAGAAAGCUGCAUUGAGAAGUCUGACGGUGAGGCUGAAUCUGGUUCUUGUUCUUCUAAGAAGAGGAAUAGAGAGGAGGAAGUGCUGGACGUAGAUAUAGGAGAGGGGAAGAAGAAGAAGAAGAAGAAGAAAAAGAAAGGGUCCAAAUUGGAUGCACAUAUUGAGAAUAUAAAUGCGAAUGUUGGAGAUGUUGAAACAGAAAACAAUUUCGGAAGUGCAAAUGAGCAUUUGAGAAACUCGUAUUCCAAAAAGUCAUCCAAAAGAGUAAAAUUUGCUAAUCAUGUAGAAGUCUUUCCUGCAUCUGAUGACCAAGAUGAGCAGGAGGAAAACCCAGGAACUGAGUUGAUUCGAGGUAACUAUACAAAGGAAGAAGAUCAAAUAAUCAAAGAUGCCAUUUACAAGUAUAUAGAGAGUUCUAUGUGCCCUUGUUGUGGACCUGUGGUGAAUCUGGUGAUGCACAUCGAACACAUAUUGUCUUACUAG